CACAACUCCAUAGGCUUUUGGGCUCUCCACAAAAAGUUCGGAAGAAAGAAAUACAAAAUAGCAGUAAUAAGUUCUUAUCUUUUUUUUUUAAGAAAAAAGCAAUGGAUGAAAAAGUAGUGAAGUCAAGAUUCAAGAAGGUUUGUGUGUUCUGUGGGAGUAGUGCUGGAAAAAGAGAGUGUUACAGAGAAGCAGCUCUCGAGCUAGGGCAUCAACUGGUGGAGAAAAGUUUGGAUCUUGUUUACGGUGGUGGAAGUAUUGGGCUGAUGGGCCUCGUCGCAAAAGCUGUUCAUGCCGGCGGCGGACAUGUUCUUGGGAUCAUACCUAAACCUUUGGUUGGCAAAGAGAAAACUGGUGAAAGUGUUGGGGAGGUGAGAAUGGUGGCUAAUAUGCACCAGAGGAAGGCUGAGAUGGCCCUCCAUUCCGAUUGCUUUAUUGCGUUGCCUGGAGGUUAUGGGACUUUGGAGGAGUUGUUAGAGGUUAUAACAUGGGCUCAACUAGGCAUCCACGACAAGCCUGUGGGUUUACUGAAUGUUGAUGGUUACUACAACUUCUUCUUGACUUUUAUCGACAAAGCAGUCGAUGAUGGCUUCAUUAAGCCUUCGGAGCGCCACAUCUUUGUGUCUGCCCCUAAUCCCAAAGAGCUUGUCCAAAAACUCGAGGAUUAUGUGCCCGUGCAAGAUGAAGUGGCUGCCAAGUUAAAUUGGAACUCAGAAAUUGUAGAACCACAGCCUGAUUCUCCUUCUUCAACACCCCCAACCAAACAAGACUCAUUCACCCCCAUUCAAAUUGCUCUAAUAUGAAUCAAGAAAAGAAAGUAAUUAUUAUAUAUGGAUAAAACUUGUAUUUAAAUUUGGGUUUAAUGAUGCUUUGUUUUGAAUUGCCUCUACAUGAUGUAAGAAAUUGACUGUAAGAAAGUGGUGCUCUUCUUGUAUUUUGAAUCAUGGAAAAUUAUGCUUUCGUAUCUAUGUAUUCAUGUAAGGUGGUAUUUUGCUAUCAACAAGAAACCAAAGUAAUGCAACAAGUUUU